AUGGGAAACGGAACCUCAACAUCAGCUGGUGACAAGGUGCCUUUGAGCAGCAUGCGCUGCCGAUCGGAAUCCCAGGUCCCACGAUGUUUUCGCAACGUGAAGUGUCCAUACACGCCGGCAUCCACCGCUGACGGUGCAUAUGGCGUCGUAAACUAUUCAUUGAUCGGCCCAGAAGAUGGUCAGGUUGUGGUGUGUUUCCAUGGUCUUAAUGGAUCUCGAUUACUUUUUCAGGACACGGCCUUGUACCUGUCACGCUAUGGUGGUUUUCGCGUCCUUACCUUCGAUUUGUACGGACACGGAUUGAGCAAUGCUCCACCUGUAGACUUGUGCCCUGGGCGGUCCUGUUCCUCCGCUUGCAAACCGGGUUGCUUCUCCUGCAGUGGCACCAGAGCCAGGUAUGAUCUCGAAUUCUUUGUUGAGCAGACUGUCGACCUGCUAGAGAACAUUGGAUUGGGAUCUGUUCGGGUCAACCUGCUGGGCUUCAGCCUGGGAGGUGCCAUAGCGAUGGCAUUUGCCAGAUGCCACCCUGCGCGAGUCGCUCGUAUUGUUGCAAUUUCCCCCUCGGGGUUUAUACCUCGAGUUCCGCGAUUGUACCACGUCCUGCGCGCAUGCUGGUGUUGUUUAAUUCCACUGGCACCGCAUUGCCUCUGCACGUGCUGGUACCAGAAGGAGCGUUUCGCGAGGUCUGUUCGUUCCGAAAAUCAGGGCAUGGCAGAUGAAUCAGUGCACAACCUCUGGUCUCGUUUUGUUUGGCAGCUCUUCGUUAAACGAGGAGUAGCAAGUGCCACAUUGGCCACGUGUCAGCGCGUGAAUUGGUUCGAUCUCUCGGCACUUUUUCGGGAUGUUGGCAGGCAUUCCCGGCCCGUCCUACUCGUCUGGGGCGAGCGGGACACUUUGAACCCGCCCUCAACCAUUGGAAAAAAGGUCGCUGCGUUCUUCGCAAAUGCGAAGUUAUUGGUCAUUCCUCGUGCUGGUCAUAUAGCAAUAUGCGACAAACCGGCAGAGGCCACGCAGCGGAGCAUGCAGAACCAGAGGACUUGCGAAACCGGAAUGGGUUGUAUGUUGCAUGGCCGACGCUUGCAACUCCAAGCGGGAACUAGUGCCUUCAGCACUCAGCAGCUAGAAUGGUAG